UCUGCCCACUGCCUCUCGGCGCCGCUCGCACCGCCGCGGCGGGGGGUGGGGGGGUCCGCGCCGCACCAUGGGCAGCCAGGGCUCGAAGGCGGCCAAGGCGGAGGGCAGCGACCCGCCGGGGGGGCACGCAGCCGUCACCGAGCCCUCCAAAGCCAACGGGCAGGAGAACGGCCACGUGCGGCUCAACGGGGACAUGACGCCCAAAGCGGGGGGUGACCCGACGCCCCUCAACGGCGCCGGCUCCGCCGAACCCCCCCGGGAGGACGGCACGGGCGGAGCGGGCGGUGAGGACACCAUCGAGCCGGCACCGCCCGCGGACGGCGGGGAGGCGAAGCCCGAAGGCGCCGCGGCCCCCAAAGACACCCCCAAGAAGAAGAAGAAGUUCUCCUUCAAGAAAUCCUUCAAGCUGAGCGGGAUCUCCUUUCGGAAGAACAAGAAAGACGACGGGGACUCCGCCGCGUCCUCACCCACGGAGGAGCAGAGCAAAGCGGAGCCCAAAGCCGAGGAGGACCCCGCGGGCGGAGCCGCCCCCCAGGAGGAGCGGAGCGGCGAGGGGCAGAGCGGGGCCGAGCCCAAGGGGCCCGACGGAGGCCACGGCGCGGAGGAGGAGAAGCCGCCCGCGGAGAACCGGGGGGACGCGGCCGCCGCCCAGCAGCCCCCCGAGCCCACGGCGGCUGAGCCCGCGGCGGCGGCGGAGCAGAAGGAGGAGUAGAGCGCCGCGCUCCCCUAAGACUUCUUGUCCCUUCGGCCCUGCGACCCCGCGCACGGACUCUGCCGUUCCCGCACCGCCCAGCCGACGCUCAACUGACAGCUCCCCCCGCCAGGCCCUUCUCCCCCCCCCGGCGCCGCUCGGAGCUGCCGAGCCCCGACAGCUGCAGCCCGCAUCCACCGCCCGUGGCCAGAACUGGAAUUUACAGUCUGUAGGAGCCCGGAGCCCCACACCGCGGACUGCUCGGAUCCUUUCUCUCCGUUUACAUCCCCGGUUCUGCCUUCAUUUAAAGUAUUUCUCGCUUUUUAUAGAAACCGAAUGGUUUAAGAGCUAAUCUGCUUAGGUUGGUUGUUGGUUGGGUUGGUUUUGUUUUUGUUGUUUUUUUUUAUGAAGUCUUUACUUUUGGCUUAAAAUCCGUAACGCUUUGUAAGUCCGCUGUGUUUAAUUCUGCUUCCAGGGGGGAACUGCUGGGGCCGGGUGGAGGGAGGGCGCUGCCCGCUGUAUAAUGUGAAGCGAUGCUGUUUCCUCUGUAAAUAAUUUUUUUAAUGGCCAAAACACACGAUUUGCGAUUUUCUAACUUCUGAAGGAAGAAAAAAAAAAAAAAAAAAAAAAGCUGUAUGGGUUCUAUUGUAACAUUUGAAAGGAAUAAAUGGUGAUCCCUUCA